AGCUGGCUGCGAUACAGCUCCUCCCUCCUGUGUGGUGGCUUUCCCGACCAAAGAUCCUUGGACGUGAACAGUUUCGCUGAAGAGCAACCCCCCACCCCCAAAUAACCAGACGGACAAUCGAGGCGUCAGUUAUUCCAUAUCGACCUGAGUGAAGGGAGUUGAGGUGUCGGAUAAGGUCUCCAACGGUCCUUCACCCCCCCAAAUCUCUGUCAACGAUGGAGACUUGGGCUGGCUUCUGCCCAGGCUUGCACUUAUCUCUGGGUAUCUGGGUGAUGAUAGCCGCUCAUACCCUACAAAAUGUCAAGGCGGAGAUAACUUGCGCAUCUUGCCCGUCGCCAGUUCAACUUCAUCUGGAGGAAUUACAGCUGGGUAUGCGCACUGACCCGACAGAGGAGCCGACCCCCCUAAAAAACAUCCGAGUAGAGUUUAGGGAACUCGGGGUUGCAGACCAAAAUACUGGAGUGGACGACGACCAUGAGACAGGCGUUUCUGCCAAGGAUAUCCCCCAGUUCCCUCAAGAUGUCAGUUUGGAUGGAGUUAGUACAAAAGAUGAUGCAUCAGGGUCCAGUGAAAAAAGUCACCGCGGCAAUGACAAGAAAGGGGAGCCCGAAUUGGGUGAGGAUGCUGCGCUCCGGAGAGCGAGAAGAAGCGGUCCUGAGUUUGCCGAGUUCAGCGAGAGCGGGUGGACUGGCCGGUCUGACGUGGAUGCAGGCACUUCGGAGGAUCGGGGCUCGCUGUUAGACGGACACAGGCAGGGCAGGUCCGAGUUCAGAUGGAAUAGGGAUGAAGGGAGAGGGAAUAACCGGCAGGAUGAGCCCAAGCUCACCAGCAGCACUUUCGCUCUGACGGGGGACUCCGCGCAUAACCACGCGGUGGUCUACUGGUCAGAGCAAAACAGCAGCGUGAUCCUGAUUCUAACCCAGCUGUAUGACUUUCAUAUUGGCAGCGUCACUGAGACCACUCUUUGGAGAUCUACUGACUAUGGCUCCACAUAUGAGAGAAUGAAUGACAAAGUCGGAUCCAAGACUGUUCUGAGUUACCUUUAUGCCUGUCCAACUAAUAAGAGAAAGAUUAUGGUGUUGACUGAUCCGGAGUUUGAGAGCAGUGUGCUCAUCAGCUCUGAUGAGGGAGCCAGUUACCAGAAGUAUCGCCUCACUUUCUACAUCCUGAGCCUUUCAUUCCACCCCACUGAAGAGGACUGGGCCUUAGCCUAUAGUCAUGACCAGAAGCUGUACAGCUCGAUGGACUUUGGAAGAAAAUGGCAGCUCAUCCACGAACACGUCACGCCAAACAGAUUCUACUGGUCUGUCUCAGGCCUAGACAAGGAGCCAGAUCUGGUCCACAUGGAGGCUCACACACCAGAUGGAAGUGUGCAGUAUGUCACAUGCAGAGCUCAGAUGUGCACAGAAGCUAACAGGAACUACCCAUUCCCUGGAUACAUCGACAUCAGCUCUUUGGUGGUUCAAGAUGACUACAUAUUCAUACAAGUUCCUACAUCAGGACGAGCCACUUAUUACGUAUCCUACAAGAGAGACUCAUUCAUCCAAAUCAAACUGCCUAAAUAUUCCCUGCCGAAGGAUUUACACAUUGUCAGCACUGAUGAGAAGCAGGUAUUUGCAGCGGUGCAGGAGUGGAACCAGAACGACACCUAUAACCUCUACCUGUCUGACACCAGAGGGAUCUACUUCACCUUGGCCAUGGAAAAUGUCAAGACCACGAGGGGAACCGGGGGGAACCAGAUGCUGGACCUGUACGAGGUGGCAGGAAUUAAAGGCAUGUUGAUCGCUAACAAGAGGCAAGACAACCAGGUGAAGACCUUCAUCACCUACAAUAAAGGCCGGGACUGGAGGCUCCUGCAGGCCCCUGCUACUGACCUGGAUGGAAACGACAUCCACUGCAUACUGCCUUUCUGUUCACUUCAUCUCCAACUGCGAAUGUCAGAGAACCCUUACUUGUCAGGAACAAUCUCUACCAAGAGCUCUGCACCAGGGGUCAUAGUUGCCACAGGAAAUAUUGGAGCAGAGCUGUCUUACAACAAUGUUGGCAUGUUCAUAUCAUCUGAUGCUGGCAAUAGCUGGAGACAGAUUUUUGAAGAGGAGCACAACGUGUGGUUUCUGGAUAAAGGAGGAGCCCUUGUUGCUGUGAAACAGCCAUCUGUGCCAACCAGACACUUGUGGGUCAGCUUUGAUGAGGGGAGGCAGUGGAUCCAGCACAGCUUUUCCUCAGUUCCUCUGUUCGUGGACGGCGUUUUGGUGGAGGCUGGGGCUGAAAACCAGAUCAUGACCUUUUUUGGACACUUCAGCCACCGUUCUGAAUGGCAGCUCAUCAAGAUAGACUAUAAGUCCAUCUUCAGCAGGAGAUGCACAGAGGAAGACUAUCAAACCUGGCACUUGCACAACCAGGGUGAGCCAUGUGUGAUGGGACAAAAACAGAUUUACAUGAAGCGCAGACCUGGAAACUACUGUAUGCUGGGAAAGGACUACUCCAGAAUUCUCUCAGCUGAGUCCUGUAUUUGCCGAGCCCAUGAUUUCGAAUGUGAUUAUGGAUAUGAGCGCCGCGGCGAUGGGAACUGCAGGCCUGCCUUCUGGUUCAAUCCCUCCACUGUCUCCAGAAGCUGCAGCCAGGGUCAAAACUACCUCAACAGCACAGGGUACCGUAAAGUGGUGUUAAACAACUGCACCAAAGGAGUUAAGGAAAUGUACACGGCUAGAAAGCAACAGUGCCCCAACAGACCUCCUAAAGGACUUCUGCUGACCACCAAAGAUGGCAAACUUACUGCCAACCUGGGCAGCAACGUUACCUUCCUGGUGCAUCUGGAUGAGGGUGACUCUUUACGGACCAACAUCCAGCUGGAUUUCGGUGAUGGCACAGCCGUGUCAUACUCCAACCUGAGCUGGACUGAGGAGGGGAUCAAACAUGUCUACAAGUCUGCUGGGAUAUUCCGUGUCACAGCCAUGGCAGAGAACAACCUGGGUUAUGACACCACAACACUCUUCCUGCAUGUAACAUGUCCAGUGGAGCAUGUCCAGCUUCUUGCUCCCUUCGUGGUCAUAAGGAACAAGGAAGUGAACAUCACAGCAGUGGUUUUGCCAAGCCACUCACGCACAGUCACCUACUUCUGGUGGCUAGGCAACAAUACUGAGCCAGUGAUAAGUUUGGAUGGGAGUAUCUCGCACACCUUCCCCAACGAGGGAAUGCACACCAUCACAGUCCAAGUGGCUGCGGCCAACACCAUACUACAGGAUAGCAAGACCAUAGCUGUCAAAGAAUUCUUCAAAUCUCUACUUUUAUCUUUCUCCCCUAAUCUGGACGAGUUCAACCCCGACAUACCCGAGUGGAGGCAGGAUGUGGGGAGAGUAAUUAAGAAGGCUCUGCUCCAAGUGUCCGACUUCCCAGAAGAGCAGGUUUUGGUAGCUGUGUUCCCAGGAGUUCCAACAGCUGCUGAGCUCUUCCUGUUACCUCAUAAGAACCAAUCAGAGGGCAAGAAAAAGAGUGAGGAGGAGCUAGAGCAGGUGUCUGACAUAAUUGUAAGUGCACUGAACCAAAAUUUGGUGGAGUUUGAGCUGAAGCCUGGUGUAAGGGUGAUUGUGUACAACACACAAUUAACGCUGGCACCCUUGGUGGACUCAAACCCUCGACACAGCAGCUCGGCUAUGCUGAUGCUUCUAUCAGUGGUGUUCCUGGGGCUAGCAGUGUUCCUCAUCUACAAAUUCAAGAGAAAAAUACCUUGGAUCAACAUAUACGCUGAGGUGAACCAGGAGAAAGAGCAGGAGAUGAUUGGCUCAGUGGGCCAGGGCGACAGCACGCCUAAAAUCACUCUGAGUGAGUUCUCCACAUCCAAAGAACUCAUGGAGAAGGAACUGGAUGCCAGGGUCAAAAGGGGAGUUGGAAAUGCCUGCGAGAGCACAAGGGAGAUUCCAAACUGUACUAGUGUGUAAAGCCGGAGAGCGCAACAGUUUAUGUACAGAGCAAAGUAUUACAGUGUCGGGGGUUCUCUUUUUCUGUUUUGUAAUUCUCAACACAACUGAUGUUAAUAGUUUUCUAAGGGACCUCAUUUAUACAGACUUGCAUGGAUGUCUAGUUCAACAACAUCCAUGCAGCAAAUGUCAAUUUACUCAAUGAGAUCAUUGUAAUUACUGGCGAACAUACUCUGUUUUGUGGAUGCUACAUAACAACAUUCAUUUGCAGAGUGAAAUAUCUGUCGUGGAAAUCUAUGAAGAGUUAUGUAAAUUUCCUAAGGAGUUUGCUUUGAAAAUCAUUUCUGCCUAUAUAUAGACUAUAAUGUAUGAGUCUUCAAUCAAACAGGGAAUAUUAUUGAAAUGUACAAUAUUAUUAUCUGUUCUGUUAAAUGUAUAUAUUAUUACUUUCUACAUGCUCGUAGUCUGAGUACCAUGGCGAUGACAGGAGAUCUGACAGUGGUCCAUUUUUGAAAGUGUGUUUAAAAAGUCAAACAUAACUUAAAGAAAUCAACUUUGUUUUGAUAAGGUCCUUGACUUGUGCAUGUUCUAAUUGAGGACACGAUUUCUGUGUUGUAGAUAAGCAAGUGUUGUAAAUAGUUAUUUUCUAAUCAUUCAUCAGAAGAGCUCAAUCGGUUUUGCCUAAACUUCUGUUCUGCUCUUAUUUUCUUCAUUCAUGUAUCUAGUAGCAGGGGGUUUAUCUGCUCAUGCAGGUAGAACUGCAAUAGCUUAUUAUAGUUUUAACUUCCCUCCUUUUCCCUGGAAAUGACAUGAAAAGGAUCAACAUGAACAUGUUCUAUGUGUUUAUAUUUUCAUUAAACAUAUACAGUACAAUAGAUAGUCUGACAUUUUUACAUAGAUGACAGUCUUUAAACUACCUGAACCAAGCAUUAUUUUGUCAUCGGAAUCAUUGCAUUAAAUUUUGCCUUUGAUUCAAUGGCUUUGAAAUUUCUGAUUUAGCCUCAGAACAAAAGCUGAAUCAGGAUGAAAUAUUUACUAUAUUGUGGCUGCCAGUGAUCAAAAUCACAAUAUCCACAUGUUGGGACAAACAUGAUGACAGUCAUUCCAAAACUUUCUGAAAUGUGAUAUUAUACAUAUGUGUGUGUAUGUAUAUCCUCUAAAAUACCAGUAGGCAGGUUCCAUUCUUUAUUUGGUUCCUGUCCAAAUUUGCUAAACUCUGAUGAUAAUAAAUCUUUUUUUUUUCUUUUCAUCGUUCAGCCCUCUUUUUUUAUUAUUAAUUAGCAAGAUUAUUGUACAAAACAUUCAGAUAACGUUAAUCUUCUCAUCUUUAGCCAGAAUUUUUACAGGUGGAAUUGAAAGAUUAUUUUCUAUUAAUUAAUGUUAAUUCCAUAAAUAACUUAAUGACAGGACAAAAUGAAAUGUUUGGCUAUUAUCUGGAAACAUUAAGUUCUCUGCAAACUGGUUUGGCUGUUUGUGAGGAGAAAGAAACAUCAGUCUGAAACACCACUUUAGGAUUGUGAGUGGACUGUGUGUGUUUCUGUAGGUCGACGGGACCAACAGAGUGUUGAGUCAAUUAUAACAAUCUUGCUGAUCGCAUCACGUCAUUUUCAGUGGUCAGUCUCCCAGUUAAACUUAUGCAUGUUAUAUCAGUAAUUUAAGCUUGUCAAUUUAAUGAUCAUGAAUUGGGACUGUUGGUUUUGUGAUCAAGAAGUUCAUGAAAAAUACAGUGUGCAGAGUAAGUAUUUUACAUGAUUUCUACAUGUCAGAUACAACAUGGUGUAUUUUAUACUGCUCAUCCCAUUUCCAGAUAACCAGUGAACACUGAUUAGAUUUAAAACUCAAAACCUGAAAAUUGUCUGCCUUCUCAAAAGGUGACUAGAGAGCUAAAUUGAAUAUUUGAGUCUUAGGUAUGUCUAUAUUUAGCCACCUGAAUGUGUUUAAAGCCUCAUGCUAUUGAACCCAACACUAAGUAGGCCUAUAGAAUAUUUGUAUUUUAGAGGAUAUAACAAUGCGUAUGUUAUAUUGAAUUUAAUAUCAAAUAUCAAAAAUUCUUUUUGAAGAAAUUUAUCAACUCUGUAUUUUUUAUAUAUAUAUAAAUGGAUAUAACAGUAAUUUGGAAUGAACCCCUUCAGUGCAGUAUUUCUUACUGGGUCCUUUGCUCAGGGUUUUGGGGUGUUUCCUUCACACAGCAUGAAGAGUGCUUUACUUUGUCACUUGUUACAGAGCUUCAGAAUUAUUUGCCCACUCUGCUCCUUCUGUCAGCCCGCACACUGCUGUCUUGUUCAUCCAACAAAACCAAAAUAUUGUCUCCAAAUAUGAAGAAUAGAAGCAUUUGUAUUUAUUUAGACAUCUCAUAGUGUACAAACAAUACACUAAAGCUGGCUUUAUGUUAUUAAUCCACUCUCCCUGGUGCCAUCAGGCUCCUUUCACUACCCAACACUUAACUCUCUGCUUAGUUUGAAAUGAGGUAGUAGCGUCCUCCCAGCAUGCAACUCUCCACCAGCACUGUGUUCUCCAGCCCUACAAAAGCUAAGUGGCCUCGAGUUGACUCGUAUAAGCCUCCUGGUAUCCAGCGAGACAAUAAUCAGAAAGCUGGACAGCUGAGCAGAGGAUGCCCCAUGCAGAGUUCUCACAAUGCUCGGCUCAAGUAAACAGCGCUUGCGGGAGAAGUGAGAGGGGCAGGGGAACACUGCACAGAGAUAUAGGCUGUCACAUCACAUAUGCAUUACCUUGAACAGAGUGCUCUCAUCUCAAACCAAACAGCCAGGCCAGGCCUUGUUUACUGCAGACAGAAUACACACUGAACAGAGAUUGUUUUAUAGCUUUGUUGUAUUCAACACAUGUCAUGAGCAAAGGAUUGUUUGCUUGGCUGGAUUUUUGUUUGGGUGGGGGCUUUGAUGGUGUCACUUUGUUCUGAAACUUAUUAGUAAAACAGGAUUAGGGGGAAUAGAAAAAGAAAUAUCAAAAACUUUAACCACAGCUCUAGUCAUGUUUUUAUUGUGUUUUUUUGUUUGUUUGUUUUGUUUGUUUUUUCUUCUCUUGGACCCUUUGGAAUUGUGAAGAAUGUAUGACAACUACACUGGUCCAGUAUUCAUAACCAGGCUAUAAUGCUUGGUAGCAGCUGUUGCUGGAUAAGAAAAUAAGUAUUUCAUAACAGGCUGUAAAGACAGGAAAGACUGGCUACCAGAUAAUGUUGUGCUUUAUAUCUGCACAGAUAUAUUGGAACUGUCACCAGUAAAAGAAGCUCAUGGGUAAUUUGGGUAAUUUCCUGAUGUUUAUUUCCUCAUUGUUCAUUCAAUCACCAUUUUGAUCACUGGAAAUUUCUGUCUCAUCUGAUAACUCAAUGCCACAUUAUACUGUAAAAACCAGCUUGAGAUCUCUGGGGGGGAAUCCAUACUUUUAAAAAACGGAAGCAAGAUUUUUGCAUACUUCAGAAGGCAAAAGCAUUAUAAUGUUCUUCAGUGCACAAAAAUCUACAAUGCAUGCAUCAUCAGUAAUGUUCUGUUUCAUCUUUAUUUCGAUAUUUCUACGGUAAAGAAACUGUCAUUUUGAAAUUGUUUCAAAUAAAUGUAUUUUUGUACAUCAA